AAUAAAUGCCUUUCCUUUCGAACUAUCUCUAGUUUACUUGUUCUUUAUACUUCAUCAUCACAUCCAUUUUCUCCUCAUUAAUAAAAUGGCGGAAAAACAGGUAUCCAAUCAAUCUAACGAACAGCUAUUGAAGAAACUGACUGACUACGAAAAUUUGUUGAAGAAAAAAGAUGUCGAAAUAUGUAGCUACAAAGAGCGCAUCGCUAGACUGGAAGAAGAAGCGACCAAAGCGCCCAACCAAAAACAACUGAGAGCCAAAGAAGUUGAAGAAGUUAACACCCUCAAGACCGAAUCCGAACAAACCUUGAUGAAGGCCAAAAGCAUGAUCUUCGAAAGAACCAAAGUCAUCAAGAACCAGGAACUGCAAAUUGAAGCUUACGCCCAGCAGAUCGAAUCCAUGAAAGACGUAGUCAGAAUCACCAAGGAUCUCCUAGAAAUCAGGAAUUUGGAAGUGAAACAGCUCGAGAACAAAAUUAACUGUAUGGAGGGAAAAAUGAAAGCAGAGAAAGAGCGUCAAGAAUUGUUGCACAAAAAAUUGGAGACCAUGAUCAGGCACAACGGGGAACUAAGGAGAGAGUAUGAGGCACAGUUGUGUCUUUUUACUGCUUUGCGAGAAAGAUACAGCGAAAGGGAACUAGCUAGAGAUGUGGUUGAUCAACUGAGAACUGAAGAUAGUCCCACCAAUCCCACACCUGAUCAGAAUGGAGAAGUUGACCAAUCACAAAACGACGAAAAUCUAGAGACUAAUCAGGCUCCGCUUGUGCUGAAUGGAACUGCUGAAAAUGAAGAACCAAAUAAUGAUGAUCACUGAUUAUGAACUUUCGUUACAAUGAAUGAGUGGGUAAUAAAACCGUCAUUAAAAAUAUAACUUAUUUAUUAACAUAUUGCUAGAGAAUUUAUACAGAGCAACUCAAACUUUGACAAACAACCAACAACGAAACUACUUACUCAAGUUUAAUUGACUCUUCAAAAUCUAAUUCCAACUACUUAUACUUAACAUGUAACAAGUUAUAUUUCAUGAUGCAUUGUAAUAAAAAAAAGCAUGAUUGAAAUUGAAUCAAAUGAAAGUGUUCUUCAAAAUGUGUACUUGAAGUUGGCCAUGAAGCAGUCAACUAAUAAAGGAAGAAACAUCGCCAACUUCAUUUUGGUUCCGCUUCAUGUAGAACUAAAUGAACCUAGGAUAUGAGCAGUUGAAAUUAAUGCACAUUUUGAAGUUUCAAAUCCACAUUUGAGUAUCACUUCAGCAGGUAUGACGUCAGCGAUCUGUGAGGUAAGUAUAGACUGUAGACCAAAAAGAAUAAUAAUAAUUAUCAAAUAUUCAGCAAUAGUAGAUUUUGUGGUCACUUGAUAAACUAUCAUACCAUUGUUCAAUGUCCAUUUGUGAUCUGGAGAAUGACUAACCGAGUUUUUAUUUCAACUAAUAUAUAAAACAACAAAAUCAUUUGAAUCCAGUUGACAAAUGACAGCACAUUGAUAUUUUUCUGAUUUUAUUAUAAUGUGAUAUCUUCUCAAUAUUGAUUCGUCCUUUUUCCUGUCACAAAAAAAUAAUACAUGGGAAAAAUAUUAAAUUUUAACUCAAGAUUUUUUGUCUCCCUUCAAAGGACCAUUGAUGUGACUAAAUCCCUCCGUAUUUUCUUCUAGGCAACAAUUUUAAAUGACAAUCGCAUUAUUGUGGGCAAUCACAUGAUCUUUACUUGUUGCGUCUCACUCUUACAGUAGUUUCAAUUUCUCUCUCUCCCUAGACGCGUGAUUUAGUAGGUUGUUAAUAAUGAUUAGCCGAAUACUUUUCAACGAGUUGACAAAUCAUCGAUAAAUUAACCUCUAAAUUUGUGAUGGUGCCGGAUUCCUAACCAUUGAAUGAGCCGAUUACAGGUGAACAAUUGAUGAUGAAUUAAGCAAAUGGUAUCUUAAUGAGGAACAUGAAUGACAUUGAUAUCGGUAGCUAUCAGUCGUUUGUCACUUGCAGACUUCAUAAUCAUGAAUGCAAGUUACAAGACGGUCAAAAUAUAAGAGAUUAGAGAUGAAAGCAUUCGCCCUCAAUAGCGAUAUGAAACUUCAAAAAAUCUGUAGCUGUUUCAGAAACAUAAAUCUCAAUGAUAAUCAUAAAUACAGAGUUAUCAAAAUUUCAGAAACAGACUAAAAAAUUAUAUCAAAUCAAAAUAGCAACUUUUCAAAAUAAUUUCACAGCUCUAACUCAAUAUAGUCCGAUUUCUUCAAAUUUUAUUGUACUCAUUGCACUUUAUAGAUUUGAACUUUCGAACGAUUACCUAAUUUUUAUCACUUGACUCUGAAAAUAAUACAAACCACUGUAAAAUAUUGAAAAAACAAGAGAUAGUACAGGUAUUAUUUUCGUUAAAUCGAUAGAUAACUCAUUUUGAAUAUUGGGUAGGUAUUGAUUCACCAUCUGAAAAUAAUGAUUAUUAAAUUAAGGAUCUUGAUAAUUUGUUCUGAACUGCUCCACAAUAUUUUGAAGUUAGCGAAAUGUUCUUUUAUUUCAGAAUAGUUAUAACCUUGAAUAGAUCUAAGUGAUUUUUUUUUAUUUCAAGAUUAAGAUAACUUAGCUAGAUCAUUAGGAACAUCAGUUUUUGUCGCUUCUUCAUAAUUUUAAAAUUUUCAUCUAUACGGUGAUUUUGGUUCGAAAAUUAAUGUGAAACAGCUAUUUUGUUAUCAUAUUCAAGUUGAUAUUUUUAACCACUUCAGAUUAUUGAGCAAAAUUUUUGGCACUUGGAGCAAACUAAGAUUCGAAAUUGUGAAGCAAUACCAAAAUUAGGUGGUUUCUAUCAGAAAUAAAAAACAACUUCCCUUGAACAUUGCUGGAGAAAAGAGAAACUUCAGUUUCAAACAUGUCCUAAUAUUUACACCAUUUACAACUAACAAGAUUUACACAAUCACACCAUCGAACAAACGAAAAUAAAAUUUCCUAUGUAACAGUGUCAUCUUCAAUGUCAUAUAUGGAUUAUUUUUCAGUUUAUGCAAGUUUGGAGUUCAUUAACAGUUUCGAAAAUAAUAUAAAAUAUCGAAGACGAUUUUUUUCAUCGAUCGGAUAUAAUAUCCUGGAUAUAGGUCGCGUGUAUUGGAUUUGCUAUGAAGUGAAAGACAUUAUCAAGUAAUAAUUGUGUCCUGUACAAAUGACCACUCCGUAUAUAAAUACCACUGAUGCAGAGAGCCGAGAAAUGCGUUGUAACAACGGUCUCGGACUGUGCUGAAUCAUCUCGGAAGUAUGAAAUGUUUGAUAAUGAGAUAUGAAUCAUGUACAAUAUGCCUGAAAUAAAAAGUAGCAGACCUAAGCCAGAAGCAUCAGAUCAAAACCAUCAACCGAGUGUGAUAGUUGCUCUGAUAGGACUAAACUGUUUCAGUAAUAAUAGUUCAAGAAGUAUUGUGUUAUCUAGUUAAGUGGUAAAUUAAGUUGUUCAUUGAAUUAUACAUCGAAGUGGUCAUUCCUGACAAUAGCCUGAGUAAGAGGAGACAUACAUAUCAUUAAGAGAUUACCCCUUUUUCUAUAACACGUGUACGAUGACAGACCCUGGAGGACAAACAUUGAAACAUA